AUGCUCUCACCGCAAAGCUGCUUCAGCCGCUCCUCACUGCGUGUCCCUCUCGGCGUGAGCCUCGGGCUCAGCAGGGAGGCCCCGAGAACGGCGCGGGGCACAGGCCCGCCGAAGCGGACUGGCAGCCUCCUCUCCGCUAACGAAGCGGUCACAGGCCCCGGUGCCCAGACUGGGAAGGAGGGAGGGAGGGAGGGAGGGAAACUCCGAGGGGGGAAGGGGAGGGGGGGAAGAUGGAGAAACCGUCUCCGCCGCCUCUACCACCGCGGCCGCUUCUCUGUUACCCGGGAAAUCCCGCCCACUCCCCCGGCCCGCCCCGCAGAGGGAAGACUCAACUUCGCUCCGCUACAGGCCGCAUUAUCCGCCCGUCAAAGGUUUAGCCAAUCACUGCGCUCUGCCUGCCGACUGCCCGCCCCUUCCCCCUCGGCUGGGAGGGGAGAGCCGCUCACCUUCUCCACGCCCCUAUUGGCGGGGAGCGUCCCUAACUCAGCCCCGCCUAUUGGAGACAAAUUGCUGAUCCCACCCCCAAGCCGCAACACUAUUGGAGGAAGCAGGGAAGCUCUUCACGUCUCAUUGGAGGAUUCCACAUAUCCCGCCCCGUACUGUCUCAGCCACAGGCCCAACAAGUCGGCUCCCGCCCUCGCCGGUCAUCGCAUUGGAAGGCUACCCCUGGCUCUCUCGCUGCCCCAGGAAGAUUUCAAGUAUCUCUGUUCACCUCUUAUGCUUGCUUACCCCCAAGAGAACAGAGGCUCUCCAGGGAAAGAACUGGCUUAAUCUUUUGUUCUACACUUCACCUCUUGAUUAAGGUAAGACACUCAGGAAAAAUCUGUUGGCAGAUCAGGAAAUGGAUCCUUAGAGGAGGUCUAGUUUAAGAGUUAACAACAGGUACUUUGGAGUCAGAUGGUCUCGGUUCUUGGAUGCGGCAAAAUAAUUUUCCUGUGCCACAGUCUUUUUCUUCUGUCAAUACCUACCUCAAAAGGUUGCUUUAAGGGUGAAUGAAAUAAUACUUAGAAAGCACUUUGAACAGUACCUGGAACAGAGUUAAGCACCCAAUAAAUGUUAGCUGCUAUCACUUUUAUUAAGAACACCUCAAUAUUUUGCACACUCUCCAGGCCAAAACUGUCCCAACUGGGCAAGGUGUCACUGGUCACCAGGGAAUAGCUACAUGGCAUGGGAAGUGGUCCUAUGUGGACAAAACUUCUCGUUCCAUUCUAAGAGAUGCAAGUAACUUUCCACAGACACCAGUCUACCCAUAUGUAUGGAGUUUCCCUGGGAGAAUGACCCUUUUGUACUCUGCAAUCCUGAGGACACUACACCAGGAGGUCCUACCUGGGAGAAUCAGUCACCAAAUCCGUCACCCUUCCAUGCAGCAUGGACUCAAGAUCAACUACCUGGAA